UCAUUGUGCAGCCUCAAACGUCAAACAGCUGAGCGAGGUGACUGACUCGUUGUGUGGCUUGUGCUUCUUUUUCUUAAAAAUAUUGAAAGAAAAAUUAACGUAACAGAAUAGGCCGAACAAAUUAAUAGAAAAAUCUACUCUAUAAUUUUCAUCAUGAGUGAAUUGAGCCAAGAGGAGAUACGAAGAAGACGCCUGGUUCGGCUCGCAGCUCUUAAUAGUGCAGGAUCAGUGCCUACUUCAGCUAGUCCUCCGGUAACCCCUGGCGCCUCAAUCCCUUCUCCUGACCUACACAGUCCACAGCAACCCUUACGAUUGUCCCCAGCUCCUUCAACUAGAAGCUCUACAGAACCCACCACUCCUGACACAGCGAAUGCAAAUCGAGAGCCCAAUUACUCAGAAGAAGUCAGGUCAGAUCAAUCAGAUCAAAAUAAAAUAUCAGCAGACGGUUUAAUUGUAACAGAAAAAACUGACAACAAUAUAUUGGAUGAAAUGCCAGACACAAAAAUGACAGAUCUUACACAAACACGACAGUACAGUAGCUUUGACUCAAUGGGUGAUGACACAUUGAUAAGUUGUGGGUCUGUGAGAGUGGGAAGCUUACCGCAAAAUACUGUUGCCGGUUCAGAAGGGAGUUCCACAAGGGAAGAUAGCACAUCGAGAUCUAUAUCUCCACCACAGUUUGUUGAGCCAUCACCUGUACGACCAAGACAAACAAGUGCUUCACCAAGUUGUUCUCGUCGUUCUUUGUCAAUGGAAGUAGAUGAUGUGUCUGAAAGAAAUUCUCAAUCUGAAGCUCAGCAAGAACCAAUGGAGGUUGAAGAUGAUUCAUCAGCAUCUCCGGCACGUAAAAUACAUAGAUCUCGAACUGUCAGUUGCACAGAGUUGACAGAAGAGCAAUUACGCACCAUUGUAUCCAAGAUUCUUCAAGUUUCAUGGUCAGAUGACAGUGCAGGUGGGAUUUUUGUGCCAACAGUGGCAGCCUCGUUACUUGAUAAUCCAAAACUUUCACUGACUGAGCUCAUAUCUGAAGCUUUAAUGGAUGUCAUAAUACAAAUAGCAGAUGGUGGUGAUCCAUUGAAUCAAAAACUUACUGCAAUUAUUGAGACUUCAAAGAACUUGAAUGAGGAGAAUGGUGAGGACUCUUUGUCCAAUUCAACAAGUGUAGAAACAGAUGCGGAUAAACCUGAAUGCCCAUCACCAGCCCUACCAAUCCAGAAAACGAUGCCCACACAAGGCUUAGUUGUUAGUUAUUUACUUCAAUUCUACAAUAAUGUAAACUCAUAUGAAAGAGAACACCCCAAGAAGAGUUCAGAACCACCUUUGAGUGAUUUGCUCCAAAGUUUGAGAACUAUACUGGUCAAUCAUUUGGUACUAGUGUUACAAGGAAGGUUCGAAUUGGAAAAGUGCAGGAAAUCACCAUUAUUACCUUACAUAUUGAUUGGGAAUGCACCAACGGGCCUCAUCCCAGAAUUACUGCUUGCUACAUAUCUUGAUAAAGAAAUAUUUGAUGAGGUGUUUACUUGGCUGGUGCUUGGAGUUCGUGAAGAGAUGCGCAGUGCAUUGGGCACGGGCCACGUGUGCGGCGGGGCGGCGUUGCGAGCUCUACACGCGCUGUGCGAGGUGCGGGCCGGGGCUCGUGGCACGCGCCGCCCUGUGUGCGAGCUGCUGGCGCGCCUACCCUCGUUCUGUCCGGACCCAGUCACCUCAGCACCGGGCCGCGAGAUCGCACGCGUGAGCUUCCUCGGGCCCUUCUUCUCAAUAUCGUUGUUCGCGGAAGAGAACCCCCGUUUGGCAGAGCGUCUGUUCUCAUCGGGAACCGGAGACAGAAGCUUGGCCUUUGCUCUGCAACGGGAAGUGGAAGCCAGUCGCAAUACUCUGCACAACAUCUGUCAUAAUAUCCUGGUCUGUCCCGAGGCUAGGGAGCCUUUCCUAAACUAUUUCGCGGCCAUACUGCAGCGAAAUGAACGACGCGCACAACUGCAGACUGAUGAACGUACUCUCGCUGGCGAUGGCUUCAUGUUGAACGUGUGUUCGGUGUUACAAUUGCUGUCCGUCCGCAUUAAGCUGGAGCGCGUGUACCCGCUGUACACUUUCCAACCGGACUCGUGGGCGAACGUCCGCGACGAGACUAGACUGUACUUCACCGCGCAAGAGGCCCAGGACUGGCUCGAUGAACUCAAUAACGAUCCGAACCACAAGUGGCCCGAGGCUAAAUUCCAGACUGUUUGUUGGUUCCUGACGCUGCACAUGCAUCACGUGGCACUCAUUCCUGCAUUACACACACAUCAAAGACGUAUUCGCGCUUUCCGUGACCUACAGAAGGUAAUCGAGGAACUGAUGGCUGCAGAACCACAAUGGAGAAACAGUUUUUCAGCUCUGCGGAAUCGAGAACUAUUGAGACGUUGGAGAAGGCAGAUCAAACGUCUACACAGAUCGAAGCAGUGCGCGGAGACGGCGCUGCUGGAGGGCGAGGUGAUGCGGCGCAGCGUGCAGUUCUACUCGUCAGUGUGCGCGCUGCUGUCGCGGCAGCUGGACGCGUCCGCCGGGGAAGGCCCGCCGGCGCUCGCCUUCCGCGCCACGCCCGAGUGGUACGUCGAGGACGUCGCCGAGUUCAUGCUCUUCGCUGUGCAAUACGUACCUCAAAUAGUCGCUGAAUACAUAGAGGAUCCAAUCAUAACGUGGCUCCUCAGCGCCAUCUGCAAUUCCCAUCUCAUCAAAAAUCCAUAUCUUGUUGCGAAAAUUGUCGAAGUGCUUUUCGUGAUAAACCUUUCGGUUCCGCUGAAGCUGAAAAACGUAUACGAAAAGUUCAUGGACCAUCCGAUGUCGCAAAACGAGCUGCCCAGCGCUUUGAUGAAAUUCUAUACGGACAUUGAGACUACGGGCCAGAGCACGGAGUUCUACGAUAAGUUCACUAUUCGAUUCCAUAUCAGUAUCAUAUUGAAGGGAAUGUGGGAACGACCCAUACAUAAACAGGCCAUCGUGAAGGAAUCCCGUUCCGGUCGUCAGUUCGUGAAGUUCAUCAACAUGUUGAUGAACGACACCACAUUCCUACUCGACGAGUGUCUCACGUACCUGAAGCGCAUCCACGAGGCGCAGGAGGGGGCGGCGGGCGGGGAGACGCGCGCCCGCACGCUCGCGCAGGACGAGAGGCAGUGCCGCUCCUACCUCACGCUCGCCAGAGAAACGGUUGACAUGCUGGAGUACUUGACGGUGGAGAUCAAAGAGCCGUUCUUACGCAGCGAGCUGGUGGACCGGCUCGCUUCCAUGCUCAAUUUCAACCUGCAGCAGCUCUGCGGCCCCAAGUGUAAAAACCUUAAGGUCCGCCGGCCCGAGAAGUACGGCUGGGAGCCGCGGCGGCUGCUGAGUCAGCUCGUGGACAUCUACCUGCACCUGGACUCCCCGCAGUUCCACGCCGCGCUGGCCGCCGACGAGAGAUCGUUCCGGAAAGAACUGUUUGAAGAGGCGGCCGUGCGGCUCACAAAGUCCUACAUAAAAACACCAUCAGAAAUAGAACGCUUUAAAGCGCUCGCAGACAAUGCCUAUCAAAUUGCUGUGUCGAACCAGCAGAAAAGCGACGAAUUUGCAGACGCCCCCGAAGAGUUCCGGGAUCCACUCAUGGACACGCUGAUGACGGAUCCCGUGGUUUUACCCUCUGGGAAGGUAAUGGACAGGUCGGUGAUCUUACGUCAUCUACUGAACAGUGCCACGGACCCCUUCAACCGACAGCCUCUCUCCGAGGACCAACUACGUCCAGCGACUGAACUCAAAGAAAGAAUCCAACAGUGGCAGCGCGAGAAAAAAUCAACGUAAUCGUCCAAAGCCAAGGCUAAAGUCUGAUGUACAUAACAUUACACAUAUAAAGACUAACGACAGGUGUGAUCCGCCUUCGGGGACUAUUGUCCGCGCGUGACUGAGAUUAUCCAGAGCGUGUGUGUUUGUGAGAACGAUUCGUGAAUAUCUUAACUAUACUAAUGAACGUGUUAGACAAAACUUAGUAUAUAUUAUCGUCGUAGCUUUCCUACUACAAGGUGUCCAUUGAAUCAAUUGAUUGAUAUCGAUGGCACCAAAUUGAUUACGUAGAUUAAAAUUCUCGUACCAUAGUGUUUUUAGAGUUCGAGUGAAUCAGUUUUAAGGUGUUUUAAAAGCGUUGGCCGCGAAUCUUGGAACUAUUGGACAACGGCAAGUGGAAUUCGGUUCUAGACCACAUAAUAUGAAAAGGUGAAGUGCAUAUCAAUUCCGUUAUUUUGAUCUAGAAUUUCUUGAACUUUUCUUUUGUUUUUCUGUGACUAAAUUUCUCGUUAUAUUUUUUUUAUAAAAUCGAAACUUCUUCAAUUGUUAUCGUUUAAAUGAAAAUAGUUUUCAGUUAAUGGGAUUAAUUUGCCUUGAAAUGGUUUAAACAUUUUUGAGAUUUGAUCGAAUGAUAGUUAAAAAAAAAACUAAAGAAGUGUCCAUGUCUAUUGUUCCAUGUUAUGUAGGCCGAGAUGUUUCAUAUGAUUUUAUUAUUAUGUAAAAAAACUAAAAGAAGGUCGUGUGCAGUGCAUUGUUACAUUUAUCGAACGUUUAAAAUUAAUGCAUUUUUUUUGUAUAUAAAAAUUUUAAAUCGCAACUUUGUCCCCAAGUUUGGUAUUCGGUCUGUUUAGAAUAAUGUUUGUACUCCCAUUUCUGUAUAUAUAGGAAAUGAGGCCUAAUUUUAUGAAUGCCAUUUACUUGACGCGGUUCCGUGGCGAGGUGCUUGUCUAAACCCCGGAAAGUAUAGAAAAAAAUGUAAUGGCAAAACAUGUAACUGAGCAUUUUUUUAAUUAAAAACUAAAUUUUCUUUAGUCAUGUGCAAAUAACGUCGAUUGUGGAUCGAUUAGUCAUACAUUAGUUUAAAACUAAUGAUUAAUAUACAAAAAUCAAACAUUAUAAAUAAUAUUAUGUAAUACGAUAAUAAACAAAUGUAUGGAGUGUUGAUUAAAGACUAUUUUCAUGAAAAUAAAAUUUUAGGAAAAAAUGUAUUUAAUUUUACUAUUCAAUUUAUUGUGUUUAGUGAUAUUAUGUGUAGUCUAUUUUUAGCAAACGUUAUUUUGUAUCGUUUAAUUUUAAUCAAUGUGAUUUUGUUCCUUUUUUAAAUAAUUAGUUUGUUAGAAAUGGAUUUUUUUUUUCAUUCAAAGUAAUAUAAAUAGCCAUACUUGAUAAACAUAAAAUAAUAAUAUAAACCAUGUAGUUUUAAUACUUAUACUAUAGAUAUGUAUUUUUAAAAUCACUGCCAAGUCAUGGAUAAUUUAUAAAUACAUACUAAAAUCCAUUUCUUAAAAAUUAUUAUGGUCUCACUUGUAUAUUUUCACUUGUAAUUAUUAUAUUUUACCAAGACAUUAUACUAGAGGUCAUUUAUGUUGAUUAUAUAAAUACACAUACAGCAUAAAAGUAAAA